GACUGAUACAGCAACCUACUAACUUACUACCUUCGCACCUCCGUCCGUCCCAACCCUGAAGCUUCUAGAACUCGCCCUUUGGCUUCAGUUUCGUCGCUUCGCGUCCCCAUAGCCAGACAUGACGAUGCCUUCUGGCUCGCCGACUUGUUUUUGCGCAUAGGCAACGCAUCGUCUGUCAUCAUGUUCUCGACCUUCACGGGCAGUUCGCGGCGGCCACGCAACGUCAACCUCAGCGGGCAGGCCGGCAACCCCUUCGCCAACACCUCGUGGAGCCCUGCCGUCGUUUCGAAUGCUAGCAAGACCGUUUCCGAUGCACAAGCUGAGCGUGAAAAGCGCCAGCUCGAGAGACAGCGACUCAAGGCCGCUGGUAGGAUACAACGGGUAUGGAGAGGGCACAGGUCUCGCCGCGACUCGGCGGAUAGGUGGAGGGCGAUAUUCGACCAGCUAUACAGCUCUUCACACAACGCCAGCUAUUCCGAACGAGCCCCCAUAGCCUUCAACCUGCUGAUUGCCUUCUACUCCGCCCGCCGCAGCGACGAUGUCCGAAGGGUCUGUCUCUAUUGCGAGGACGCGCAACAUACCACCUUCGACCAGAUUGCUCCCCGCAACGCGCACGUAUCCCGAUUUCAGCAGCUCAUGGCGGUGCUAGUUGGUGCACUAAAUCAACUGUCUCAAUCGGCGAAUGAAGCUUCAACUCCGGCGGCGCAUCUGAUAAAGCUUAUAAUUCGUAUCACAAAGCAGAUGCCGGAAACAAUAACAAAGUCGACGCAACGUCUUUAUAGUGCUCUAGCCCAGCUAUGCAAAGCAAAGGAAUCAGCUCGGUUGGAUGGCCUGCUGGCCGAGGCCGUCAUAAGCCCACUCCGUGCGGCAACCGGUGAUAGCGAAUUUGCAGCAUAUAAAGCUCUUGCUUUUAACUUCCUAGCUCACAGCGACUUGACUCGGUUCGAGCGCCAUAUCGAGACUUUUUCGAAGGGCAUCGAGACUGCCAAGCUCUCUCGAGCAAUCAGAGCGGGCUACAGCGCCGGCACACAUUCGAGGAUGUUUGUGUCUAAAGACGACCAGCUGUGGCUGCUUGCCCACUUCAUCGACCUAAGCCGACUACACAUGGCAUCGUCAGACAAGUUUGAGAUUUUGGGUGCGCUUUUGCCUCAGCUGUCAUCAGUCGCAGAUGAGGCCAGCACUCGUGCUCCUUCAGCUGCGUCCCCUGAUGCAUCUCCAGACACGCAACACCCUGCGAAUACACAAUCAGCCUCAAACUACACUACGCAACAACUUGGCUCGCUUGUCGAUAAAGAUGGCAUUUCGCGACUGCUUCGUGACUUAUCUGAUUGCUUAACACAAGGGUCGAAGCAAACAUUUCAAGGGACUAGCAUCCUCUCGGGAUAUAUCCUCACCUUGUUGCAAGUGUUUCCAAGCAGCGCAGAUGAUAUUCGCAUGCGUCUGUUCCUCGAGCAAAUCCCGACAUCGUCCGGGACAGUCCCGACGGUCAAAUUCCUAUGGGAAAUCAUGAAGCAUACAUCCGUCUUUCAGAAGUUGAAGUCGGAACUGGAGAGGCCGACUGAUAUGCUUCGCCGAUACCUUCACGGCAGCUCGAACCUAUCGGACGAAACAAUGGAGGAGCAAGAGUGGCGCACCGUGCUCCUCUUCCUUGAGCUAUACGUCUUCAUCCUGCGCCUCAGCGACGAUGAAGACUUUUUCAGCGGCAUGGAAAGCCGGAUAGUGGAAUCCAACUCGUCCACAUCUCUCCUUCGGUCCUGCAGCUUAUCGCUUGAGGAUGUCAAGGCGCUCACCAUCUUCCUCAAGAAUACGGCGUUUGCGCUUCAUUACAAGGCCAACGAAAUCUCAAAGUCGGAUCAUAUCAUGGAAUCGACAACUAGCUCCCGUCUCGAUUCGUACCUUGGCGCCGAUGUUGCGUUCAAGACAUCAUCUUCAAACCUGGAUAUCGUGCCCGCAGCAUCGCCCGCCCGGGCCAACCUGGACAGCUUGCGGACCAUAUUGACGACGGCAUUGCGAAUGCUGUAUGAAAGGGACUCAAGAAAACGCUUCCUACCUCCAAACCAUUGGCUUAUGACAGGCAAACUCGAACAAGAGGACUUCAUCAAUGCGGUCAUUGUAGAGGAAGAGCGACAGAACCAGGAAGAGGCCGAAGGCAGCGACGACGAAGUCGCCGCGUUGGAGCCCGUAUACGGAGAGUCGGGUAUAUACUCCACUCUCGCUGGCCAGCGCCUUUCGCGUCAUGCGAGGUUAGAGAGGCUCCGAGCGGAGCAGGUACGAAGACAACGAGAGCGCAAAUUGGCAGAGAUGGGACCGAAGCUUGAAAUCCUAAAGCAUAUGCCCUUUGUCGUACCUUUUGAGACACGCGUCAAGAUAUUUCGACAAUUUGUCCAUCUGGAUACGAUGCGCAGAGAGGGCAACAAUCCGUUCCACAUGUUUCCGCCGCAUCCGUCUGCUCGCCAUCACGCCAAGAUUCGACGCGGCCAACUAUUCGACGACGCGUACGAGCAAUUCUACCAACUGGGUGACGGCUUGAAGGAUCCGAUUCAAAUCACGUUUGUGGAUCAAUUUGGCACUCCCGAGGCGGGCAUUGAUGGCGGGGGUGUGACAAAAGAGUUUCUGACCAGUGUCACAUCCGAAGCCUUCCAGAGUGAGUUGGGCAUGUUCACCUCAAACGAACAAGGGCUGCUGUUCCCCAAUCCAACAGCGACAGACACGAGGCGCGACUUGCUUCAUCUCUAUGGCUUGAGAGAAGAAGACGACGAAUUCAAAGAAGCAAUGACGAACUUGUUCAAGCGUUUCGAGUUUCUGGGGCGGAUUGUGGGCAAAUGCAUGUAUGAGGGUAUCCUCGUCGACCUUGCCUUUGCUGGGUUUUUCCUCUUGAAGUGGCCCUCUCUCGGGCCAAAGGACGAGAACACGUACAAGGGCAGCAUCAACGGUCUCCGGGAUAUGGAUGCAGAGCUGUACCAAGGCAUGCUGACGCUCAAGAACUACCCCGGCGACGUCUCCGGCCUGGGGUUUGACUUCACCGUGGAGGACCAGGUGUCACCGCCCGGCCAGCCCGUAAAGACGAUCACGAGAAAACUGAUUGCCAACGGUGAUCAGACGCCCGUGACCAACGAUAAUCGCCUCCUGUACAUUUCGUACAUGGCUCGACACCGCCUGGUUGUGCAGCCUUCGUUGCAGACGGCCGCCUUCUUACGGGGCCUCCGGGCCAUCAUCAAGCCAUCUUGGCUAUCCAUGUUUAAUCAAUCCGAGCUUCAGCGACUCGUGGGCGGAGACUCCUCCGAGAUCGACAUCGAGGAUCUCCGGCGCAACACCGUCUAUAGCGGGCUGUAUGAAAUUGGCGACGACAACGAGGAGCACCCGACGAUCAAGCUCUUCUGGAAGGUCAUGGAAGGCUUCACCGACUCGCAGAGGCGCGACGUGCUCAAGUACGUGAGCUCGACGCCGAGGGCGCCUCUCCUGGGCUUCUCCCAGUUGAGGCCAAAGUUUAGCAUUAGAGACGGCGGCACGGAUGAGCAGCGCCUGCCCAGCACGAGCACAUGUGUCAACUUACUCAAGCUGCCACGCUACAGCAAGGAGGAAACGCUACGGGAGAGGCUGCUCUACGCGGUGACAUCUGGCGCAGGGUUUGAUUUGAGCUAGAACACGGCACAUGAGCAAGGCGUCGUCGUCUUAUUAGCAUAGGCGUAGCUGUAAGAGCAGUUUGUUAUUUUGGAGGCGAAUUGUAUCUGUCUCUAAGCAGAUGGUGUAUAUACGAGCGAGCUUUAAGACUACUCUAUAACAAUCAGUCCUGGUAGCUCCUCUGCAAGAGAUGAGGCUUCUUGUCGAGGAUGUCCAGUAUCAUCUGCCCAAACAAGCCGUUGGCCCAGGCGAACCUGCGUUGCGUUAGCGCCCUCUGUGCUGCCAACAGUAGGAGAAGAAACCCC